AACUCUGGUUAGUCUCAUGCUAUAAAAGAGCAGGAUUAUUACAGAAACUUAGAACACGCAUACCGGAAUUGUAUUGCAGAACAUCUUAAGAAAGGGGAAAAUGGCGAAGGACGCUUAUGAUGAAGCCAUUGCAGGCCUUCAGAAGCUUCUCAGCGAAAAGGAUGAACUGAAGGAGGCGGCGGCGGCUAAGGUGAAGCAAUUGACGGCGGAUUUGGCCGGCAAGGCGGAGGCGGCGGCGGCUAAGGUGAAGGAAUUAGCGGGCGGAGCCGUCAAGCCCGCCGCUGAAAUAUCCGACCCGGUUGAGAGGAUCCGAUCCGGAUUCGAGUAUUUCAAGAAAAACAAAUACGAGAAGGAUACAGAGCUCUAUGGAAAGCUCGCAAAAGGACAAAGCCCAAAGUUUUUGGUGUUUGCAUGCUCUGAUUCCCGAGUAUGCCCUUCCCAUGUUCUCAACUUCCAACCAGGGGAGGCGUUUGUGGUUAGAGAUAUUGCCAGCAUGGUUCCACCCUUUGACAAGACCAAGUAUUCGGAAGCAGGGGCGGCCAUUGAAUAUGCAGUACUGCAUCUGAAGGUGGAGAAUAUACUUGUUAUUGGACACAGUUGCUGUGGAGGCAUAAAGGGCCUGAUUUCCAUUCCUGAUGACGGCAGCUUUUCAAGUGAUUUCAUAGAAGAUUGGGUGAGCAUUUGCAAGUCUGCAAAGGACAAGGUGAAAAGUGAGCACAGUCAUUUAGACAUAGGUGAACAGUGCAACUACCUCGAAAAGGAGGCUGUGAAUAUAUCUCUGGAGCACUUGUUGAGUUACCCAUUUGUGAAGCAAGCAGUGGACAGUAAAAAAUUGGCAUUGAGGGGUGGGCACUAUGAUUUUGUAAAAGGUUGUUUCCAGCUUUGGGAUUUGGACUCCAAAGAUUCUCCAAUCACAAUAUGAGGUACGUACAUAUGUUAAAUGUGGUUGUAAAUUGGCUUAAUCCAAGCUACAUACCAAUUUGUUGUUGGGAAUAAGGUAUUGUCACUUGUUUUGGAUCAUGUAAACUUUUUAUUCUGAGUGUUUGAUUUUUAUGUUCUGUGUUAA